UACACAUUGCACUGUACUGGAACUACAGCACUGUGCUGUACUGUACUAGAUCACUGAUGGACUACCUCUGGUCGGCCGGAUCGGCAAUUUCUUCCUUCUCGUCGAAGGUCGUGCGCGACGCCAGCUUCCUCGUCAAGCUGGUGCGGUUGCUGCGGAUGACGCGGGCGCAGCAGCACCAAGCCAACCCGCCGUUCUCGGUGCUCUUCGACUGGGCUCAGCGCGUCCAUGCAACGCCAGACCGCCCUGCCAUCAUCUUUGAGAACCAAACCCUGACAUUCCGUCAGCUCGACCAGCUGUCGAACAAGGCGGCGCAUUGGCUCAAGUCUCGAAACAUCCAGAAGGGUGACAUUAUCGCCCUCUUCAUGGAAAACAGACCAGAGUACUUUAUCACUUGGCUUGCAGCUGCGAAAAUCGGAGCAGUCACGGCCUUGAUCAACCACCACAUUAAGGCCGGUCCGCUGGCGCACUCGAUCAAAGUAUGCUCGCCAAAGCUCCUGUUGAUUGGAACCGAGCUCAUUUCGGUCACGGAGGGCAUCUUGCCCCAGCUGGGUGGCCUGCCCAUCUUUUACGAGGGCCCGGCUUUGGAUCACCAGCUCUCUUGGGCAACCUACGUCACGCCCUUGUGGGAGACGGCCAAUUCCGCAGAGCCCAUCUCGAUCGCCGAGCUUGGCACACGUUAUGACGACGAUCUCCUGUACAUUUUUACAAGCGGGACCACGGGCACCCCGAAGGCCGCGCGUGUAAAGCACUUCCGCUUUAUCAUGAUCAGCCGCUCCUUCAACGAGUUUUUCCCCAUGGAUGGCACCAAAGAUGUGAUGUACUGUACAUUGCCCAUGUAUCACUCGUCUGCUGGUCUCCUCGGCAUGUCUUGCAUGGUGGGGCUCGGCAUCCCAGUCGUGCUGCGUCGCAAGUUCUCGGCGUCGCACUUUUGGGACGACUGUCGGCGCUACAACGUGACCAUCAUUCAGUACAUUGGCGAGUUGCUUCGUUUCCUCGUUUCCCAGCCACCUGACUCUGCCGACACCAAGCAUUCUGUCCGAUUGGCCAUUGGCAACGGCCUCCGUCCGGAUGUCUGGUCCAGGUUCCAAAAGCGAUUCAACAUUGCCAUGAUUGGCGAGUUUUAUGCGUCAACAGAGGGCAAUGCUGUCCUGCUCAACGCGACUGGCAAAACCAAUGCCAUCGGCUUUGUUUCGCCGCUUGUUCAAACAUUGUACCCUGUCAAGCUGCUCAAGUAUGACGUGACCAAUGAUGCUGUCAUGCGAAAUUCCAAGGGUCUUUGCAUGACUUGCAGCCCCGGCGAGAUUGGCGAGCUGGUUGGCUGGAUUGACAUGGCCGAUCCAUCGCGUCGCUUCGAUGGGUACCUCGGAAACCAGGAUGCGACCGAAAAGAAGAUUCUUCGCAAUGUCUUUAAGCAGGGCGACAUGUACUUCCGCACCGGCGAUUUAAUGGUGAUGGAUACGGACGGAUUCGUUUACUUUAAAGAUCGGAUUGGCGACACCUUCCGAUGGCGCGGGGAAAAUGUGGCCACGACUGAGGUUGCCGAAGUUCUGGGAUCGCAUACAAGCAUUCAGGAGGCGAACGUCUAUGGCGUCAACGUGCCUGGGUUUGAAGGUCGUGCAGGUAUGGCCGCAGUCACUUUCAUCCCGGAUCUCCCAUACGUUGACUGGAGAGGGCUGUACGCGCACGUCGCCGCGCAGCUCCCAGCGUAUGCCAUGCCUCGGUUUUUGAGAGUGGUGGAUGUAGACCAAGCAGACCGAACCGGCACCUUCAAGCAAUGCAAACCGCAGUACGUCCGCGAUGGUUUCAACCCCGAAGUCGUCCCUCAGGUUUACUUUGCCGACCCGGCACAGAAUACCUAUGUGCGCAUUGAUGCUGCACUUUAUCGUCGCCUGAUUUCGGGAGAGGUUCGGCUCUGAGCAUGUUUUUUUUUUUUCUUUUUUUUUUCUGGUUUUGGUUGUCUCCGUUUGAAACUGCAUUUGUUUUGCGCUUGGCUACGAACCGUGUUGUGUACAGAGCGAAUUGUUUCGGAAGCAAAACGAAAUAAAAUCAAUGACAUGCGUGGA